GCUAAUUAAAUGGGAAAGGGGUCCUGUAAAUUGUAAUCCACCUCGUCACUAUUAACCCUCCCCGCCAAAAUCGAAGAGCAGAGGAGACGGAGCAAGAGAGAGAUACAUGUCAUCCUAUUUUCCUGCAAAUUACCAUGUCUCUAUCUCUCCACCACAUACACACACUCACUUCCCUCAAUCACCUCUCUCUCUCUCUCUCUCGAUCAUCUCUUCUUUCAUUCUUUUUCGGAGACUCACCGCCGAUUCGCCACCCCUCCUUUUCCGGCCACCAUCUCACCGGAUCUUAUUAUUGUGGAAAUCAUCUCCAACCUAACAUUCCCUCAUCUAUGUGAUCAUAUCAAUGGGUACGGCUGGGAAUAAUAUUCUUGUAGGUUCUUCUGUUUGGACGGAAGACCCAAGCGUAGUCUGGAUCGAUGGGCAAGUAACAAAAAUCAAAGGGAAAGAGCUUGAAAUACUGACUUCUAACGGGAAUACGGUGGUUGCGAACAAAUCUUCGGUUUAUCCGAAGGAUGAAGAUGCACCCGCUGCUGGAGUUGAUGACAUGACAAAGCUAUCAUAUCUUCAUGAACCUGGAGUCCUGCAGAAUUUGGCAGCCAGAUAUCAACUCAAUGAAAUCUAUACUUAUACCGGCAGUAUUCUUAUCGCCAUUAAUCCAUUCCAAAAACUGAGUCAUUUGUAUGAUGGUCACAUGAUGGAACAAUACAGAGGAGCACCCUUUGGAGAACUGAGUCCUCAUGUUUUUGCUAUUGCAGAUGUUGCUUUUAGGGCGAUGGUUAACGAGGGAAAAAGCAACUCAAUUCUAGUCAGUGGUGAAAGUGGGGCUGGAAAAACUGAAACUACUAAAAUGCUUAUGCACUACCUUGCGUACUUGGGCGGACAUAAACAAAGCGGAGGACGGACAGUCGAACAACAAGUUCUAGAAUCUAAUCCAGUUCUCGAGGCAUUUGGAAAUGCGAAAACUGUCAGAAACAAUAAUUCCAGUCGGUUCGGUAAAUUUGUUGAAAUUCAGUUUGAUAAACAUGGAAAAAUAUCAGGAGCAGCUAUCAGAACUUACCUUCUUGAGAGAUCUCGCGUAUGUCAGAUUUCGGACCCUGAACGCAACUAUCACUGUUUUUACCUUCUUUGUGCAGCACCAGAAGAGGAAGUUAAGAAAUAUAAGCUGGGAGAUCCUACAUCAUUUCACUAUCUUAAUCAAUCAAAAUGUUAUGAACUCAUUGGUGUUAAUGAUUCUGAAGAAUAUCUCGCCACUAGAAGAGCCAUGAGUAUAGUCGGCAUAAGUGAAACUGAACAGGAAGCAAUUUUUAAAGUCGUAGCUGCAAUUCUCCAUCUUGGUAACAUUGAAUUCGCCAAGGGCAAAGAAGUUGAUUCAUCAAUUUUAAAAGAUGAGAAGUCCAAGUUCCACCUUCGAACAACAGUAGAUCUUCUCGAGUGUGAUCCUCGCGCAUUGGAAGAUGCACUACUGAAGCGUGUAAUGGUUACACCUGAAGAAGUCAUCAAAAGAAGUCUUGAUCCAGAGGCAGCAACAGUUGGCAGAGAUGGCUUAGCCAAGACACUAUAUUCACGCUUGUUUGAUUGGUUGGUAGAUAAAAUCAACAAAUCAAUUGGGCAAGAUCCUAAUUCAAAAUCUCUAAUUGGGGUUCUUGACAUCUAUGGUUUCGAAAGCUUCAAGAGUAACAGUUUUGAACAGUUUUGCAUCAACUAUACAAAUGAGAAGCUGCAACAACAUUUUAACCAGCAUGUUUUCAAGAUGGAACAAGAGGAGUAUACAAAAGAGGAGAUCAACUGGAGCUACAUAGAAUUUGUUGAUAACCAAGAUGUCCUAGAUCUUAUCGAAAAGAAACCUGGAGGGAUCAUUGCUCUGCUUGACGAAGCCUGCAUGUUCCCGAAGUCAACUCAUGAGACAUUUUCAACUAAGCUUUACUCGACCUUCAAAGCUAAUAAACGUUUUAUUAAACCAAAAUUGUCGCGGACGGAUUUUACAAUUGCUCAUUAUGCUGGAGAGGUCCAAUAUCAAUCUGAUCUAUUUUUGGACAAAAACAAAGACUACGUUGUCGCCGAACAUCAAGAUUUGUUGAGUGCUUCCAAAUGCUCUUUUGUAGCUGGCCUUUUCCCACCACUUCCUGAAGAGACCACCAAGUCAUCAAGUAAAUCUUCCAAGUUUUCAUCUAUAGGAUCUCGGUUUAAGGCACAACUCCAACAAUUAAUGGAAACGCUUAAUUCUACAGAACCUCAUUACAUCAGAUGUGUGAAGCCUAAUAAUCUCCUUAAACCUGCUAUUUUUGAGAAUGUCAACAUCAUACAACAGUUACGAUGUGGUGGUGUUCUUGAGGCAAUUAGAAUCAGUUGUGCCGGCUAUCCUACUCGCAAGACAUUUUUUGAUUUUCUAAGUCGAUUUAGUUUCCUCGCUCCGGAAAUUAUGGAUGGGAAUCUUGAUGAAACGACAGCUUGCAAAAAGAUUUUGGAGAAGGCUGGCCUUACUGGAUAUCAGAUUGGAAAAUCAAAAAUUUUCCUAAGAGCUGGUCAGAUGGCUGAUCUUGAUUCUCGGAGAGCGCUAAAGCUUAGCAGUUCAGCCAAAGUCAUUCAAAGAAAGAUCAGAGCUUAUCUUACUAGGAAACAUUUUCGUGCUAUUGUGUUUGCAGCUGUUGCUUUGCAGGCUUUCUGUAGAGGAAGCAUUGCCAUUCAAAUGUUUGGUAAUUUGAAGAAAGAAGCAGCAACUCUGAAAAUUCAGACAAAUAGGCGGGGGAGAUCAGCAAGGAGGGCAUUCAACAGACUUCGAUAUUCUGUUGCUCUCAUCCAGACAAGUAUACGAGCAAUGAUUGCACGCAAAGAGUUUAACUAUAGGAGACAAACAAAGGCAUCAAUUCUAAUACAAUCACGUUGGCGUGGUCAUAGAGAUUUUGCUUACUAUAGGAAGUUGAUUAGGGCAUCCAUUGUCACACAAAGCAGAUGGAGGGGAAUAGUUGCAAAAAGGGAGCUUCGAAAGUUAAAAAUGGCUGCAAAGGAAACUGGUGCACUCAAAGAAGCAAAGGAUAAGCUUGAGAAACAAGUAGAAGACCUUCAAUUGCGCUUGCAGUUGGAAAAACGGCAGAGGACUGAUUUAGAAGAAGAAAAAGGGCAGGAGAUAUUAAAGUUGCAGAAUUCAUUGCAAGCCAUGCAAAGCAAAGUUGACGAAGCAAAUGCGUUGCUUGCCAAGGAACGUGAGAAUGCACAGAAAGAACGUGAAAUUGCACAGAGAGAAAGUGAAGAGGCAUCUGUUACUGUUAAAGAAACCCCAGUUCCUGUUGAUAAUUCUAAGGAAAUUGAAGAAUUAAGCGCAGAAUUGGAAACCUUGAAGGCAUCAUGUCAAUCUGACAAGAAUCGAGCUGAUGAGUAUGAAAGAAAGUAUCACGAGGCUAUCCAGUCUAGCGAAGCGAAGAGCCAAAAGUUGCAAGAAACCGAAGUGAAAAUCCACCAGCUUCAGGAAUCUUUGAACAGGCUUGAAGAGAAGCUCAGUAACAAAGAGUCAGAAGAUAAAGUUUUCCGUCAGCAAGCUCUAUCCACAGCACAAAAUAAUAAGGUCCUGGCAGAUUUAGAGGCAGAAAAUAAAGCUCUUCGCCAGCAGGUUUUGCAAAUGAAUCAAAGUCAUAAGCUCCUAUCAUCAGGACGUUCAAGAUCAGUUAUUCAGAGGGGUGAAAGCCUAAAAGGAAUUGAUAUCUCCGGUCCUUCAGUACAAGAACUGAGGGAACAUGCAGAUUUGAAGGAAAGUCCCCAGAAAGCAAGUAACGAGAAAGAGCAGGAGUAUCAGGACUUGCUCAUCAAGUGCAUCUCUCAAGACCUAGGAUUUGCUAAAGGCAGACCUGUUGCUGCCUGCAUCAUAUACAAAUGUCUAAGGCAUUGGGGAUCCUUUGAAGUUGAAAAAACUACCAUUUUUGACCGGAUCAUACAAACCAUAAGUCAUGCCAUUGAGACUGCGGAGAGUAAUGAAACUCUAGCAUAUUGGAUGUCCAAUGCAUCAACUCUGUUGCUUUUACUGCAACGCACACUGAGAGCUAGUGUUGCUGCUGGGCUGACUCCAAAAUAUAGGCGAUCACCAUCUAUAUUUGGGAGAAUGACAAAGAGCUUUCGAGGAAUACCACUAAGCAGUAGCCUUUCUUUUUCACACGUUGACCUGGCUACUGGACUAGAUACCCUUUAUCAGGUUGAAGCAAAAUAUCCUGCUUUGCUGUUCAAACAGCAACUGACAGCAUGUGUAGAAAAGAUUUAUGGCAUGAUCCGUGAUAAUCUGAAGAAAGAGAUUUCUCCAUUGCUUGGCUUGUGCAUUCAGGCUCCAAGAAUAUCCAGAACAAACCUACUCAAGGGAACUGCUCGUACACUUGCAAAUGCUGCUGCUCAAGAGAUUUUGGUGUCUCACUGGCAAGGCAUUGCAAAGCGAUUUGAAAAUUUCUUAAAUAUGCUAAAAUCUAAUCAGGUACCCUCGUACAUAGUUCGUAAAGUGUUCACACACAUAUUUUCCUUCAUCAAUGUGCAGUUAUUUAACAGUCUUCUUCUAAGACGAGAAUGCUGCUCAUUCAGCAAUGGUGAGUACGUCAGGUCUGGAUUGGCUGAACUGGAACGUUGGUGCUACAACGCAACUGAUGAGUAUGCAGGUUCAGCAUGGGAUGAGCUGAAGCAUAUAAGACAGGCUAUCGGGUUUCUGGUCAUACAUCAGAAGCCACAGAAGACACUGGAUGAGAUAAGUAACGAGUUGUGCCCGGUGCUUAGUAUGCAGCAGCUCUACAGAAUUAGCACCAUGUACUGGGAUGACAAAUAUAGCACACAGAGUCUUUCACCAGAUGUUAUAUCUAGCAUGAGGGCUUUGAUGGCCGAAGAUUCAAAUAAUGCAGUCAGCAGUUCGUUCUUAUUGGAUGACGAUUCAAGCAUACCAUUCUCAGUUGAAGAGCUCUCUAGAUCGAUGGUUCAGAUUGAUAUUGCAGACGUUGAACCACCUCCACUUAUUCGUGAAAGUUCAGGCUUCAGUUUUUUAACUCCUACUGCCAAGUGAUCACCAUUUGUCUCCAGGCAUUGUGGAUGUAGUUGCUAAAACCUUCGUUGAAGGCUUGCAGAGUGACUCCAAAAAAGUAUCAAGGAAAUUGACGAGGAAAUAGUGUCAUGUAUCACAUUGAUCUCAACUUGUGUUUGCCGAUUAUCCUCAGAACAGGUCAUGCUUUCAUCGUAAUGAUAUGGUUUCAGUACCCCAGUCAGAGGACCUUGAAAUAUGUCUUUUUUUUUACUACAUACCUUCUAUGCAUGACGGGGUUAUAAAGGAAGAGAUAUUUGCGCCUGAAGAUGAGGUAAACAUUUCCCUCGAAAGCACAGUGACAACAAGGUGGUUGCCUGGAUCAAGUGUGUCCUCUGCAAGGAAAGAAAUCAAGAGUUCUUAACUCAUUUAUUUUUAUAAUCCAGAAAGAAGUAACAAGAUAUACGCUUGUAAAUUAGUUUCAAUUUGUAGUUACAGUCAUCUACAACACUGCACAGAGGGUAGGAGUAGACACCACUAUUUGCUUCUGAUCAUCUUGGUAUCUCUUUCUCUUUCAAUAAACUGCAAGGUUGUGUAUAUAAAUUUUAUAGAUUGUUAGAGAAUGUUUGUUCAAAAGGAUGGCCUAUAUCAAGGAUUCGAUUUUUUUAGUUUAGGAAGAACAUCAAAUAUUCAUACAUUUGAUGUAGGAAGAAUAUAGUGUGAGGUCAGCGGAUGUAUUACACUUUAUUUUACUUCAUUCACGCCUGUUAUUGGUUAAUUUAUGUCUAAUUUAUCUAUUUAAUUUUA